AUGACGAGUGAUUCCACAUCCACACCCACCGACAAGUCCAGCGCAGCAAACCACCGUGAGAGGAAAGAGGUGUACAUCCACGCCCUCGAGUCUGAAGUUCUUGCGCUCCGCACUAAAGCGCGCAGUGUCCAGGAGCAGAAUGAUGCGCUGGGUCUCGAAGUUGCGCAGUUGAGAAGCCGGCUUGAUACACAGCAGACCCCAAUCCAUUGUAUGGACUGGGAUACGGAAUGGUUUGGGGGCGAUGUGGACGCUGGAUCAACGAACACAAGCUAUAAUAACGAAGAGCAAUGGCCGAGCAUGCCCGCUGGUGUACUGACUUGGGGGCGAGAGUCUGUUGUAGAAGACGUACCGAAUGAGGCCUGCAACGCGGUAGUGCGGCGGCCGAGUACGUCGCAGAGCUGGUCCAUGUCAGCAAGCCACGCAGACAUGGCUAUGGAAUUCGUCUUGACACUGGAGAAGCCGUGUAUACAACGCGCGCAAUCGGUUGUCUUCGAUCCGCUCAAUCCUUACCCCCUCGAUCACCACGCCGGUCCUAGUGAGCUGGCAGCGUACCAUUCGUUUGUCGAAGACCAGCUCAUUGCAUCUGAAUCGUGUACUAAAGACGAUAUUGCCAGUAGCCUUGACAAUCUUUUGUCGCUGUCGUCGGCGUUCUGUCUUGCGAACGAAGUCACACCGAUCCAGGCGUGGCACCAGCUGUGCAAGUAUUUGGAGUUUGGCGCGGUUGAUACGAAAAGAUUCAGGGCGCUUGUGGAUGCAUUGCUGGAGCAUGUUAGGUGCUAUGGGUUCGGUGCAGUGAUCUCAAGGAGUGUCCUCGAUGCAAGCUGUAGAAGAGUGUUCACAAUAGGCAAUUGA